GAGGUUUUCCUCAUUGCAGAUUUUUCUUUUUAAUAAUAAAUUUUUAAAUCAAUGAAUUCUUAUCAUAUAUUAAAAAUUAUUUACCAAAUUUAUUUAAUAAAUACUUAGUGAGAAAUGAAUACUUGAAAAUCUAUUUAUAAUCCAUCUACUAACUUAUCUCAGGUAUAAUCGCUAUCGCAGAAAAUACAUUUUCCUUUGUUGCGUGGUUUUGGUUUCUUCGGUUUAUUAUUUGAAUACGGUUCGGUUCGGUUCGGUUCGAUUUCUUGUAGAGAUGAAAUUAUAAACCUAACGAUUCCCUUCCUUUCACUUUUUCCUUCGGAGUAUCAAGUGGGAGAAUAAUGUUUCGAUUAAAAAGGCUGAAAUUUUCUCAACGUUCAGUCGCAAUGUUGAUUAUCACUGGCGGGAUGCUUUUUAUAUUUGCGCUUCUCUCAUCACAAUUGUUCACUGUCAACUAUGCUGAAUUUCUUAGUCCAUGGCAUUACGAGUGCAAGGCAGGAUUUUGUCAAAAAUUGGCAAUCACAACAAAUGUAACUAAUCCAAAAGCACUCUCAACAUGUCAAUUAAUUUGUGGCGAUGGGAAUAUCUGGCCAAAACCGACAAAACAUCAUUCAAUGGACUCACGUACCGUUACAUUGAAUCCAGAAAAAAUUGAAAUUAACGGUAUUAAAUUGGGUACACGCAUUGGAGAACUUUUAAAAACAAAUUUUCAAAAUCUCAAGGAAAAUAUUAACAGUCUGAGCACGAAAAAAUCGUCCGGUCACACAUUAAUCGUCACCUUUCAAGUUGAAUCCGACAAUAUUUUAAUGACCAUCGACACUGAUGAAGCCUACACUUUACAUUUGUCAGAGAGCCAAGAAAAGAUUAUAAACGCAAAAAUAAUUGCAAAAUCCUACUUCGGAGCUCGCCAUGGAUUGGAAACAUUAUCGCAAUUAAUUGUUAUUGACGAUUUGCGAGAUGAAAUUCACAUUUUAGCGGGUGUUCACAUUGAGGAUCAACCAGUGUUCCCCUACCGAGGACUCUUAUUAGAUUCAAGUCGAAAUUUCAUGGAUAAGGAUUCAAUUCUGCGAACUAUCGCUGGUAUGGGAAUGUCGAAAUUAAAUACUCUUCAUUGGCAUAUAACGGAUUCGCAUAGUUUUCCAAUAGUUAGCAAAACGUGGCCAAAAAUGUCGCAAUACGGAGCUUACAGUCGUGAGAAAACUUACACCGAGAACGAUGUGCAGGAAAUUAUUAAUUUUGGACUUCUUAAUGGCGUUCGUAUCUUGCCGGAAUUUGAUGCUCCCGCACACGUUGGCGAAGGUUGGCAAUGGGUCGGAGAUGAUGCGGUUGUUUGCUUUAAUGCUGACCCCUGGAAUAAUUAUUGCGUUGAACCACCUUGCGGACAAUUAAAUCCCACCAGCGAAAGAAUGUAUGAAAUUUUAGAGGGAAUUUAUAAGGACUUUUUGGAAGCAUUUCGACCCGAUAUGUUUCACAUGGGCGGCGAUGAAAUAAAUGUCAAUUGUUGGAAUUCCUCGGCGUCCAUUGGCAAAUGGAUGGAGUCCCGAAACUGGACACGAGAUACGAAAAAUUUCCACAAACUUUGGAAAAAUUUUCAAGAUAGGGCUUAUAGCUUGUUGAAGAAAUUAAAUGGAGGCAAAGAAUUGCCCGCAAUUCUUUGGACAAGCGAUUUGACGAAUGAGGAAAAUAUCGAUUAUUUAGAUCCAAAGAAAUAUAUCGUACAAAUAUGGACGACAAAAGUUGAUUCGACAAUUAAACGAUUAUUAAAUAAAAAUCUACGUGUUAUUCUUUCAAACUACGAUGCUCUCUAUUUUGAUUGUGGAUUUGGCUCUUGGGUUGGAGAAGGUAAUAAUUGGUGUUCACCUUACAAAGGUUGGCAACUCGUUUAUGAUAAUUCGCCAUAUAAAAUACUCGCUAAUCAAGGAGUCGACGAUGAAAAAAGAAAAUUAGUUCUCGGAGCUGAAGCAGCUCUAUGGUCGGAACAAGUGGAUAGUUUAUCAUUGGAUAUGAAAUUUUGGCCGAGGGCCGCGGCAUUAGCCGAAAGGCUUUGGACAAAUCCAGAAUCGAGUUGGAGAUCAGCCGAGCAAAGACUUUUAAGACAUCGGGAACGAUUGAUUAAAAAAGGAAUUAAUAGUGAUACUUUGCAACCUGAAUGGUGUUUGCAAAACCAAGGAAAAUGCGUCCUUUAAGAAAACGAAUUAAGUUGACGAGGAAAUUAACUGUGAUCAAUAAGUAUAAAAAGUACACACUAAUUAGUUAUUAAUCUUUCAAUUGUACUUGUAAUGCAAUUUUUCGACUUAUUCAGUUUUAAGUUUAUAACAUAAAGAUAAAAUAAACCUAAUAAAUAAUACAACAAUUUUCAAUAAAUAAGAUAAACCCAAAAAUAAAAUUUUAUUAUGAAAUUCAA